AGCGCCGUCGUGCCAAGGGGAGAGCCCUCGUCGGGGAGCAAUUGAAAAGGCGGCGCGCACCCCCGGCCGCGUCACUCACUCUGCGGGCGGAGAGAACACCAGGGCGUCUCAGCCCCCGCCGCCGCCGCUCUUCUGCUAGCACUCCAGUGCGCCCAGAGUUGGACCAGCUUUCCCAGCGCCGCGCGUCCUUGCCCAGAGGCAGCAAUGCUAAGCAGCCGGCCCCCGCCGGCCCUCGGCAUCACCGCGGAGAGCAGCGUCCCGGCUGGCCUGCGCCUGGGUCCUGUGCCCGGCACCUUCAAACUGGGCAAGUACCUGUCCGAUCGCAGGGAGCCGGGACCCAAGAAAAAGGUGAGGAUGGUGAGAGGGGAGCUGGUGGACGAAGCUGGAGCCUCGGCUGUGGAAUGGAUCGGGCUAAUCCGGGCUGCCCGACACGCGCAAGAGCAGACGCUGGAAGCGGUGGCCGAUCUGCCGGGGGGACAGAUUUUCUACCGGGCCUUGCGAGACGUCCAGCCGGGCGAGGAGCUGACCGUGUGGUAUUCCAACGCUUUGGCUGAGUGGUUUGAUAUCCCGGCCACGGCGACCCCGACCCACGACGAGAAAGGCGAGGAGCGCUACAUUUGCUGGUACUGCUGGCGAACCUACAAGUACCCCAACAGCCUCAAGGCCCACGUCCACUUCCACUGCGUGCUGAACCACGGCCGCGGCUUCGCAGGAGCGCCAGAGUCCCACAGGCCCGGAGAUCUCUUCGGCACAGCUCUGAAGCCGGCAGCCGCGCCGCCUCUGAGGCCCCCUUACCCGGCCGCGUCCCGAGAUGUUGUCAAGCGGGAAUCCUCCGGCUCGCCGUCCUCAGCCAAAGGGGGCGGGAGCGGGCGCAAAGGCGCCAAGGCCGAGCAGGAGCGCGCCUUGGACAUGACCGUCGGCUCGGGACGGAGCCCGGGACAGUUCUGGGGUCUGCUGGGCAGCACUUCCGGAGGCAGCAACGGCUUGUCUUUCUACCCCGGAGUGAGGUCGGCCUUCAAGCCCGCCGGCCUGGCUAAAGAGGACUCGCCCGCUUUUCGGGAAGAGGGCAAAGGCGGAGGUUUCAGCAAGGCCUCGGGGAGCCUCAAGCCGGGCCGCCUGUGCGGCCAGACCGGCGGUUCCCGCCAUCCGCCUCCUCACAGCAAAUGCCACCCGGCGCCCGCCCCGCCGCCCUCCUCCUCCUCCUCCUCCGCGGCGGGGCUGGCCUACUCCGGGGCCGUCCGGGGCUUCCCCUUCCUGACGCCCUUCGAGGAAAACUCCGCCUUCAAGCACGUGGAGCGCGGCUUCUCGGCCAAUCUUUCCCCUCCCGCCAGCCGCUACCCGCGGUUGGCGGGCGGCGCCGGACUCCAUUUGGAGCGCUUCGCCGCCCUGCCUCCCUUCGAAGGGCUGGCGCCCUACUCGCCCUCCGGGGACUGCCCGCUCCCGCCCCUCCUGCCUUCCUUUGCCGUCUACAACGGCGAGCUGCUCUACAGCGCCCCCUGCUACCCGCUCAACCUCCACUUCGGCAACUUCCUCAAGUACCCGGAGUCGGCGCCCUAUUUCAGCAGGGCCGCGGCGGGCCUCCAUCCGGCCGAGCUGGGCUCGUUGGCCGGCGUCGACCGCGAGAUGGCUCUGCACACGCAUCAGUUCUCGGAGAUCGCCGCGGCCGAGAAGAGCCGCGGCCGCCUGGAGAGCUUGCCGGCCCCGCCGGCGGGCCCGGCCGGCGGCAAGCCCAAGACGGGCCACCUGUGCCUGUACUGCGGCAAGCUCUACUCGCGCAAGUACGGCCUGAAGAUCCACAUGCGGACUCACACCGGCUACAAGCCGCUCAAGUGCAAGGUCUGCCUGCGGCCUUUCGGCGACCCCAGCAACCUGAACAAGCACAUCCGGCUGCACGCCGAAGGCAACACGCCGUAUCGCUGCGAGUUCUGCGGGAAGGUCCUAGUCAGGCGCCGAGACUUGGAAAGGCACGUCAAGUCCCGGCAUCCGGGCCAAAGCUUGCCCAAGGGCGCCGCCGAGGAGCUCCAGGAGCCAAAGACGGACAACGAGAGCGACGUCGACGUCUGCUUCACGGACGAUCACAGCGAUCAGGACACCGGAAGCAGCGGCGGCGGCUGCCGGUCCAAAGAGCAGCAAUAAAAAUAAACCGGA